AUGGAGCGAAAAACAAAGACCGUAUUCCAACUAGAUUCUCCAUUCACGCAGAUUCAAUGGCCAGAAAUCAAUCCAGAGCAGCAAGAUACUCUCCUUGAACUUCUAUGCAGUAUACUCUCCCCAAUUGGGAAACACCGCUUGAAAUACGCCGCGCCCUCGAAAGGGAAGCGUGACAAGAAACGGAAGAGGAAGGAAGCAAAAUUGGCCGAAGUCCCUUUGGACACAUCGAAGCCUCCAGUACCUAACAUCUCAUCUUUCGUGGUGGUGGGGCUCAAUAGCAUCGUUAGACACCUCGAGUCUUCCUCCAAAGCUUCCAAGCCAGAACAAACAAGGGAUUAUUUUAUUGAGGUCAUAAAAGCCGACGAGCUCGCCAAACCGCAACCAUCCACACACUUCUCGGCAAUCUUCGUCCCAAUAUCCACUCAACCAUCAAUUCUCAACGCCCAGCUCCCACGACUCAUCGCAACGGCAUCGAAAGAACACCAAGGUCUCCCAGCGACACGGCUGGUCCAACUACCGAAAGACUGUGAUGCUCGACUGUGUGAAGCUCUGGGGCUUUCAAGAGUAUCAUUCAUUGGUCUCUUAGAAGGUGCACCACAUUCUAAAGCCUUGGUGGAAUUGGUCAGGAAGUCUGUAUCGGAGAUCGGAGUACCGUGGCUUCAAGAGGCAAAAAAGGGGAAGUAUCUGCCCGUUAACAUUAACGCCAUUGAGACGCUUGCACCGCCCGUGAAGGAUAAAGAGAAGAAGAUAUCUUGA